GGCCUUCCACUCCGAACUCGCGGCCCGGCACGCCGGCAUCGGAAUCGCCGUCCAAAUCGGGAAGCAUGAAGAGGAACAACAGCAUGACUCGUUUGCCUGAUGAAGCACCAGGCAUCUCAGAGAGGACGGCCACACCGUCUCCAACCAGUUCUGUGGAGUCGUCUCGCCCCGGGUCUUCGGGAUCCAAUCGCAAGCAGGGUGGACUGCUGACGCUGCCGAUUGAGUCAGUCAGUACUCACGUGCCAAUGGCAGCAGGAUACUCAGCAAACUCGCCGGUGCGCAACCAGAAGAAGACUGCUCCAACCACCCCAACGAAUGCCAUGCAACGCUUGCCUGAUGAGCCUUCAGAGUUGGAGAAGCCACCAGAGGCAAAGCAGGA